CUAACCCAAACAUAUAGAAGGGGAGAGGAAAAAAAAAAAAGAUCGGAACGAUUAAACGACGCACUUUCAUUGGCACGACGUUGGUUUAGAGCUUUGCUUUUGCAGUAGCUGUCCCGGAGAUUUUGCCCUGCCGCCGGUGCUGUAGGCUGUGCAGCACAACAACGAAACCGGUUUUUUGCGAAGGCCGUAUCUAAGAUUAUCUGGUCAAUUGGCAGAUAAUGGAAGGUAAAUUCACUGUCUCACCUAAAAGAGGUUGGAAACAAAUGGAACAUAAAGAGGCGACCGGAGCUGUUCAUGAAGAAAUGAAACGAGUGCAACGGCUUCCUUCUAACAGUACCUAUGCUACUCAUCGGUUGCGGGUUUUAAACAAAAUUCUGCAGCUUUUAUCAAUUCAGAGAACUGUAUCACAGGAAGAGGAACUGGAGUUGCUGUUUGCUGGGCUUUCUCUGUGAUUUAAUAGUAGCUUGUGAAUGGUUGGUACAGCUAACUUCUCUAUACAAGUACAAUUACAGAAUGUAGGAUUCCUAGGAUUUUGUCGGUUGCCCUCGGUGUGGUAUACAGGAUCCUGUAUCAAUAUACUUAAAUGUUAAGUUGUGAAAUGAACUUUCAGUGUGGUUAUCCUAUUUUGGUUCCUCAUUCACCUUCAUCUCC